CAGACAGAAUAUGGCUGACCUGUCAGAAGACCAAUGAGGGAAAGGCCAAAUUUAGCAUAAUCGAUCUUAUUUUUUACGUCCUUUCUGACCACAUUUGACCGUCGUGGGCAGCUAUUGACCAGAGAUACUCAAGAUGAGCGGGUUGCCGGAGGGAAUAGCAAAUGGCCCAAGCAGAAGUGAACACUUAGACAAAGAUGCUCAGGUUUGGGAGAGACCCUGGACUCUUGAAGAGAUGCGGCAGAGCAGUGCCAACUGGUCCUUGGCAGCCGACUCUGGGCUUUUCCUGUUUCUCCAAGACUUCUCCCAGAGAAUGCUGUCAAAGACACACGAUAUUGAAAAGCAGUUGGACAGUCUGAUCCGUGACACCAAGGCCACAGAUAGCUGCUUGCACUCUGUCUUCAAUGACUUCCUCAUGCUUUCCAAUACACAGUUCAUAGAAAAUAGAGUGUAUGAUGAAGAGUUAGAAGAUGCUAUUCCCAAGGCUGAUGCUUUGGAUAAGCAGCCUGAGGAGAAGACUCGUGAGCAGAAAGAGGCAGAGCUAAUCCCUAAGAUGCAGGAAGCUGUAAACCACGGUCUGAGAGUGCUGGAGUCGGCCUUUGAGCAUCUGGACAUCAAAGCGGGAAACUCUGACUCAGAGGACGAAGAGGUCACAGACAGAGUGGAGGCCAUCCUGGAGCCCAAGGAUCUUUAUGUGGACAGGCCGCUUCCGUAUCUGAUUGGUUCCCAGGCCUUCAUGGAACAAGAGGACGUUGGACUCGGUGACCUCUCAAGUGAUGAAAUGUCAGUCGACAGUGACAGAGACAGCGUCAUUGAGAGUGAAGAUGGCAAAGAAGAAGUUCAUUCAGAUGACGACUUUAAUCAGGAGGAGGAUGAAGGUCACAAUAAUAUCAGGAAGAAGUCAUCCAUGUUGAGUUAUGACGAUGAUGAAGAGGAGGAGGAUGAGGAUUCUGACAUAUUUGGAGAAUCAGACAGGGAUGACGAUGAUGAGGACACAAAGAACACAGGCUCAUCGUCUUUUGCUGAUGAGCUGGCAGCCCGAAUCAAAGGCGAACCAGUCAACAAACCAGAAGGAGAUCGCGCAUCAUUGGCAUCUAAGAAGAAAAGUAAAAGCAGGAAAGAACCAAAGCCUGCAAAGCCACAGGCAGCUGAAGAGGACAGUGAUGACAUGUUUAAGCCACCGAAGAUGGAUGAUAAUGAUGACUUCUCCCCAUUUGGAGGGAAAAGUGGCCUCUUCAGUGGAGGGAGAGGCCUGUUUGACGAUGAUGAUGAGGGCGAUCUUUUCUCUGAGGCGCCAAAACCUCCUGUGUCCGAAGAGAAGAAGGUACGAAAUGAAAGCACUAAAAGCACAGCUCAAUCUGCAGAGUCUGACAAACCGGGAAAGAAGAUUCCAGCAGGGGCCGUUUCAAUAUUUCCAGAUAAUAGCCUGUUCAGUUCAGGGAAUGACUCUGAUUCAGUGGGGAGCAAGGAGAACGGGACUCCAGCCCCUAAGACCAAACAGGUUCCUUCAGGAGCUGGUGUUGGUGGAGGAGGCGGUGGGCUGUUUGAUGAUGAGGAUGAGGAUGAUGAUUUCUUCAGUGAUAAAAGCCUGAAAAAGUCUGACUCAGCUGGACAGCAGAAACCCAAGAAAGCUAUCGACCUUUUCGAUGAAGACGAUGAGGAUGGAGACAUAUUCAGUGAGAAGUACAGUGCACCGGCUCCAGCUCAGAGCAAGAAGGAGGUAGCCGAAGAGCAGGUUAAACAACCUGAGAAAAAGAUGCCGGCAGGCGCCAUCUCCAUGUUUGGACCUGGGACUCAAAGCUUGCUCAGUGAGGGCUUGAAAAAACGCCAGCCGUCUACCAGCGAGGAGUCUGAGAAAUCUGAGGAGAACGGGCCAGCUCCAGAUGCUGUGAAGACUGUUGUCAAGCAGCCUCAGAAACCCCAGACCAGAGGCCUCUUCUCUGAUGAUGAAGACACACAGGAAUCUCCAACCAUCCCUAAGAGCCACUCUAAGCCUGAACCUACAAGCCAGGGCAAAACCAGCAAGGCUCCUUUGUCAUUAUUUAGUGAUGAGGAAGAAGAGGAUCUGUUUGCAUCUGCAGCUAAAUCUACAGCAAAACCUAAUACAGCUAAAGCCUCCAAACCGCAGCCCAGUAAGACUGUGUCCAGCUCGCUCUUCAGUGAUGAUGAGGAUCAGUGGUUGAGUUCUAAUAGCAGUGUGGGGAAGCCAGAGGUCAAGACCCCAGGGAUGAAGCCCAGUGCCAGUGCUCCCUCCAGUCUCCCCAGUGCCAAAAUAUCUAACAAAAGCAGCCUCUUUGAUAACGAUGACGGGGAUGAUGAUGACCUGUUUGCUCCAACAACAACGUCAAGGUAUUUACAAUUUAAGUUUUUUUUUUUUUUUUUUUAAAAAACCAUGCCAAAACCUGUCUGUGCACUGUCGCAAUUGUGUUGCACCAUAAUGCACUGUUUACACGCCUCAGUAACUCAUCAGUAGAUCAGCUUCAACUAGUACAGAAUGCUGCAGCUCAUAUUUUAACUGGGACAAAAUCAUAGGUUACAAAUCA